AUGAUGAACAUGAAGAACAUCAUCAACAACAACAACGUAGUACCCUCGUAUAGACAGAGGACACCCUCUAAGGUUAGAACUAUUCCCAUUCACUUCGUGGGUUCAGAACGUAGUAGAGAGAACUCUGCCAUCAAGAUCCAGAAGGUUCUGAGAGGGUUUUUUGUGAGGAAUGCGUUGAAGAGGAUCAUGGGGUUACGUGUUGAGUUGCAGAGUGUUGAGGCUAGGGUUUAUGCUUCAAUGGAGGUGAUUAAGAGGGACCAGAGGGAGAGAGUGAGGCUCAGCGAGACCAUCAUGAACUUGCUUUUGAAGCUUGAUUCGGUUAGGGUGCUGAGUUCUUGGUAUGGGGUUAGGGAAUGUAGGAAGAGUGUGAUUAAGAAGGCUAUUGCAUUGCAAGAGAUGGUUGAAUCAGAAUCUGCUUGUGUUGUUGAAGAAAAUGAUGCUAUGGUGCAGGAAGAGGAGAAGGUGGUUGAAGUUUCUGAAGAGAAAGAGGAGGAGAAGAUGGAGGUUAUGGAUGAUGAUUCUGGAGCAGAUAUUAAGUGUGUUUCAGAAUCAUGCAUGAAUUCUUCUGUAGAAGAGAAAGAAGAGGAGAAAAUGGAAGAUUCUGGAGUUGAUAUUCAAUGUGUUUCAGAAUCAUACAAGAUAGAAGAGAAAGAGGAGGGUGAUGGGGAGAGAGAAGAGAGUGUAGGAACAAGUUUGGUUGAGGAGAAUGAGAAUAAUUGUGUGGUGAAGAAUGAAGAAGAGGAGGAGGAGGAGGAGGAGGAGGAAGAGGAAGAAGGGAAUGGUGAUGAAGAAAGAAGAGAAGGGAAGCAUAGGGAGAUGUUGGAGAAGAUGAUGGAGGAUAAUGAGAGAAUGAUGAAGAUGAUGGCCAAGUUAUGUGAGAGGAAUGAGAUGCAGACUCAGCUUCUUACUUCUCUGUCUAAGAGAGUGGAGCAACUUGAAAGAGCAUUUGCUUGUGACAAGAUGAGGAGGAACAAGAGAAGAAAUUGUAGUGAUGCCAAACACAAACAAAAUAUGAACAAAUAA